AUGUUCGUCCAAGCGUACACCACGGCUUACGCGCUCUUCGAGGCUUUGUGGGAGGCCGGCAUCACCGUCUGCUUCGUCAAUGUGGGCUCAGACCAUCCGUCCAUCAUCGAAGCCAUUGUUAAGGGCAAGAGAGAGCGGCCAGAUAAAUGGCCCCGGUUCAUAACCUCUCCAUCGGAGAUAACAGCUAUAUCAAUGGCAGAUGGCUACGCGAGAGUCUCCGGCCGGGCGCAAGCUGUCGUAGUCCAUGUCGACGUGGGCACGCAAGCGCUUGGACAGGGCCUACACAAUGCAAGCGUCGGGCGGGCGCCUGUCUUCAUCUUCGCCGGACUGUGUCCCUAUACUGAGGCUGGGGAGAUGACGGGGUCACGGACAGAGUAUAUGCACUGGCUGCAGGAAGCACCUGACCAGAAAGCUAUUGUUCGCCAAUAUUGCAGAUAUACUGGCGAGAUCCGGACAGGCCUCAACGUCAAGCAGACCGUUGCACGUGCGCUGCAGUUUGCAAACAGUGGACCCAAAGGACCAGUCUAUGUUGCAAGCGCACGAGAAACACUUGCGGAGGUAAUCGAGGAGCCUUACUGGUUGGACCAGGAACAGUGGAAAGCCGUCGGUCUCGGUGCUCUGCCAGCUGAUGCGAUUGAAGAGGCAAGUUCUACAUCUCUGCGCGUACAAGACAUCUUACUUAUGUGA